CACAAGUAACUAAAAACUAAACUAAUUGUAAGUCUGUCUAUUUGAUUGAUCGGUUUUUAAAAUACUCAAAAGAAAAACUAUUUGGUCUAUUCCUAUAAGUUCCUUGGGUUCUUUUCAAAUAUAUUAUUUAAUUUGUAGCAUAAAUAUAUUAAAAAGAAACCUAUUUUAUCGAGCACCUCUUAAGAGAACUUUUGACAUGGCGGCCGGUGUUAAUCGAGAAAUCUCAAAAGUCAUAAACGCCUCAGAGUGCCACCGUCUAACCGAUCUAUGAAUAAACAGCGAUCCAUAUAGAUUGGCGUUGCUCAAUUGCUAUUGUCCGGCGAAAGUUUGAGCGACUUAUCGUGGCUACAAAAACUCAGCCGCACCGCAGCCACGGGCUCAGUUGGUGUACGGAAUCCACGAUGAUCACGGAAAUUCUCCUGGCAAUCUGCACCGCGGUGUUCCUCUGCCUUUCGUAUCGAUAUGCAGUCGGUCGACCCUCCGGCUUUCCACCUGGUCCUCCGAGGAUUCCGAUGUUCGGCAGCUACCUCUUCAUGCUGAUCAUCAACUUUAAGUACCUGCACAAGGCGGCUCUGACCCUCAGUCGGUGGUAUAAGUCGGAUAUCAUCGGACUGCAUGUGGGUCCCUACCCGGUGGCCGUUGUCCACAGCGCGGAUGGAGUGCGCGAGAUUCUCAACAACCAGGUGUUCGAUGGACGGCCUAAGCUUUUCGCGGCCGCCAUGCGUGAUCCUGGCCAAGAUGUGCGAGGCAUCUUUUUCCAGGAUGGCGCCCUUUGGAAGGAGCAGCGUCGCUUCAUCCUGCGUUAUUUGAGGGACUUUGGCUUCGGACGACGCUUCGACCAACUGGAGCUGGUAAUCCAGGAGCAGUUGAACGACAUGCUGGAUCUCAUUCGCAACGGCCCGAAGUAUCCGCAUGAGCACGAGAUGGUGAAACCCGGAGGAUACCGCGUGCUCCUGCCGCUGCUCUUCAAUCCAUUCUCGGCCAACUCUAACUUUCACAUUGUGUACAAUGAGUGCCUGAGUCGCGAGGAAAUGGGCAGAUUGGUGAAACUCUGCCAGAUGGGCAUGCAGUUCCAGAGGCAUGCGGACGACUACGGCAGAAUGUUGAGCAUCAUGCCCUGGAUCCGCCACAUUUGGCCCGAGUGGAGUGGCUACAACAAGCUGAAUGAGUCCAACCUAUUUGUGCGCCAAUUCUUCGCCGACUUUGUGGAUAAAUAUCUGGACAGCUACGAAGAUGGUGUCGAGCGCAACUUCAUGGAUGUCUACAUCGCUGAAAUGUGUCGUGGUCCGGGCUAUGGUUUCAACCGGGAUCAGAUGAUCAUGGGCCUGGUGGACUUUUCCUUUCCGGCCUUCACUGCCAUCGGAGUGCAGCUAUCGCUCCUCAUCCAAUACCUCAUGCUCUAUCCGGCAGUACUCCGUCGAAUUCAGAGCGAGAUCGACGAGGUGGUGGGAUACGGACGUCUGCCCACCCUGGAGGAUCGCAAGAAUCUGCAUUUCACGGAGGCCACUGUUCGCGAGGGUCUGCGCAUCGAAACGCUGGUUCCCUCGGAUGUGCCGCACAAGGCACUGGAGGACACCGAAUUGCUGGGCUACCGGAUACCCAAGGACACCAUUGUCAUGCCCAGCCUGUAUGCCUUCCACUCGGACUCCCGUGUUUGGACGGAUCCGGAGCAGUUCCGGCCGGAGAGGUUCCUGGACGCGGAGGGAAAGCUCAGCCUGAAGCUGGAUGUCUCGCUGCCCUUUGGAGCGGGAAAACGGCUCUGUGCCGGCGAGACAUUUGCGCGCAACAUGCUCUUCCUGGUGACGGCGACCAUGUGCCAGCACUUUAACUUCGUCCUGGGCCCCAAUGAUCGGUUGCCAGAUCUCUCCCAGAACCUCAAUGGACUGAUUAUUUCGCCACCCGAUUUCUGGGUGCAAUUGCAGGAUCGACAGUGAAAGUAUCCAAGAUAGAGCUUAGUGAUUUUAAGACAAAGUAAUUUUACUAAUUUAGAUAUUGGUUAAAACGAAUCUUUCCACGUGGCUAGUUUGCAUAGAUGGCUUUUGAGGAUAACUGCCAAUAUUACUAUAUGAAGCACAA